CUCUCGCGCGGAAACACCGCUUUUUCUCCUUUUACGUCAAGGACGUUCGUAAACGUUUAUUAGGUCUAAACGCGUGGUGAACGUGUUCUUUGAGUGACGUUCUUAAACACGCACACACACACCCCCAUCCCCCCACUUCCCCGCUUCCCAAAUGGUGGUUCCUUCUGCAGCAGCCAGACUCAUUCUCAGCCUCGUCGCUUCGUUGUAUCUCGCGUCACUUGCACGCGCCGCCGUUGUCGUCUCUGACCCAAAGCUCGUUUCCAACAAAACAUAUGACUAUAUUGUCGUUGGCGGCGGUUUGGCGGGAUUGACGGUUGCUGGACGCCUCACGCAAAACCCAGCAGUCACCGUCCUCGUCAUCGAAGCCGGAAAGGAUGAUCGAAAAGAUCCUCGCGUGUUCGACAUUUACAAAUAUGGACAAGCCUUCUUCACUUCUCUCGACUGGAGUUACCCCGCUGAUGGUGGAAAGACUAUCCGGGCGCCCAACGCUGAGCAUCACAUAAGGGGAAAGACUUUGGGCGGCAGCUCAUCCAUCAACGGUGCUGCCUGGACGCGUGGAACACAAGCACAAUACGAUGCCCUAACCCAACUUCUUUCACCCGCAGACCAAUCCGCUAAUCUAGGUUGGAAUUGGGCCUCUCUUUCAUCCUACAUGCGUAAAGCAGAAAAGUUCAACCCUCCUUCUGCCGCUCAACGGGCCAAAGGGGCGGAUUAUAUUGCUAGCUAUCAUGGAACUUCUGGCCCUGUGAACGUUGCUUUUGCACAGAAGAUGUAUGGUGGACCCCAGCAGAAGGCAUUUGCGAAUACCGUAGUCAAGCUAGGGGUGCCAAAAUCUAGGGAUUUGAAUGGGGGCCAACCGAAUUGUGUUGCGUUCACUCCUGAUUCGAUAAACCCCUCCGAUGGCGACCAUCGUUCCUCAUCUGCCUCCUCGUACCUCACCCCCUUCGAGACCCAACGGAAAGGAUGGACGGUCCUGAUUGGACAACAAGCCACCAAGAUCAUCUUCAACCCAUCCGCAUCCCUCCCUCGUAUCGCGACGGGUGUACAGUUCGGUACGUCCAACGGAGCGAGGUACACUGCACGCGCUCGAAAACAGGUCAUCGUUGCUGCGGGUGCUAUCGGAUCUCCUGCUUUCCUCCAGCUUUCCGGUAUAGGCGAUCCGGCCACGUUAUCGCAAUUUGGGAUCAAAUCUGUCGUGAACCUUCCUACUGUUGGGAAGAAUUUACAGGAGCAGAGUCUAACUGCUCAAGGUGCCAGGGGAACGAACUUUAACGUGGGAGGUAGUGGACCAUCGGACGUCAUUGCUUUCCCUAAUAUUUAUCAAUUAUUCGGGAGCAGUGCUCAGACGAUGGUUACGCAUAUCAAAUCGUCCCUGUCCGCUUGGGCUUCCUCUCAAGCUAGCAAUGCUCUUUCUGCGUCUGCUUUGCAGAAGAUCUACCAAAUUCAGGCUAACCUUAUCAUCAACAACAACGCACCUGUUGCUGAGAUUUUCUCCGAUACUGGAUAUCCUGAUAAAGUUGGAACCGUAAACUGGCCAUUGCUUCCCUUCUCCCGUGGUAACGUCAGGAUUACGUCAAACAAUCCUUUCGUGAAGCCACAGACGACCGUCAAUUGGUUCGCCAUCGACUUUGACUUGAGCGUCCAAGUUGCCAUCGGUCGCUUCGUUCGUCGACUCUUCCAAACUCUCCCUCUCAGCGGGUGGACGCAAGGCGAAUCUUCACCUGGGUUUGCCGUCGUACCCGAUGAUGCCCAGCAUGGGUCGGAUGCGGCGUGGUCGAGUUGGAUUAAGAAGACGUUCGUGCCUGUGAGCCAUCCUAUCGCCACAUGUGCCAUGAUGGAUCGAGCGUUGGGAGGUGUUGUCGAUGGUCAUUUAUUGGUGUAUGAUACGAAGAACGUUCGUGUCGUUGAUGCAUCGGUCCUUCCUCUUCAAGUGAGCGCACAUUUGUCGAGUACGAUAUAUGGAAUUGCGGAGAAAGCUGCGGAUAUCAUCAAAGCUGCUCCAUGAUCGCCAACUGUCUGACCAGAUGUUUAUUCUUUUUUUCUCCCACUCUUCUUUUCCCUUUUUGGUUGGGGGGGACAAUUUUUCGUUUUCGUUUUUCAUUACAUUUGCUUGCACAUAUUUUGUUCCUCCGAGGGCAUCUUUUCGCUACCUUACGAAACGUUCUUGCUCAAGUUGCAUCGCUUGCAUGAUCAAUUCAAUUUUGGACUUUUGG